AUGCCUCAGACAGAAAAAGAACCAACUGAAAGUCAGAGUACCACAGUGUCAGAACUACCAACUAGAGGAAGCACCGAGUCAAAAGUGCUUGAGGAGCAUAUUCAAGAAGGGGACAAUGGAAUGCUUUCAUCUUAUCGUGCACCGAUGCUAGAGGCAGACACAGAAUUGAGAAAGUCAAGAAUGGCUGCAUCCAGCAGCGUCGCCACACGGAAAGUAAUGUUUUUUCAAGUUAACUAUAUUUAA